AUGAGGAAAGCUGUGACUCAGGACAAAUGGGCCCAGACGGGAUGGAGGAUAGAGCAGAAGUAUGCAAACAAAGUGCUGUUAGGAAACUGGGCUGAACAAAGACUCCAGUUUACUCGGGAGCCAGAGAUAGCCAACAGCACCAAUCGUGUAGACUACCGGCCCCACUGGGACUUCAAGCCAGACGCCUCUGCGAGAAGAUCUGCCCUGCUGAGAGCUGAGGGGCUUCCAUCCAAGAUGCUGUUUGCCCACUCUGGCCCACCGGCCUCACAUUAUUUGGUCACGCAGUAUGAAGAAAGCUACGGGCACAGGAACACUGACGCUUUGCCCACUCUGCAGCCCUGGCAUGCAGACAACUUGAGAGGGCAGCCUGAGAGGGUUGACCGGCCAAUAUCUGCACCUCCAACCAGGUCUGGCCCUCUGCAGCCCACAAAUCACCAUUUCAAAAAGCAGCAGUCUCACCUCCAGCCUCUGACUGUGUACAGGUCAGCAUACCAGAGGCACCCACUUAGUGCCUUCUGCCAGGCCCGCUCUGCCAGGGCUUCACGCGCGCUCUCCAGCCACCUCCAUGCACCCAAUCAUAGCAACAAGGACCUGCAUCUGAGACAGCGCUUGCUCUUACAAGUCCCAGAUCAUUGUCUGUUUCCUCCGUCGAAACACGCCUGGAGACAAAACUGUGACUCUUGAAUUGCUUCACAGGCUGAUUGUUAAUUUAAAAUUAUUACAGCUCUGACUUAUUUCUUUCCAUUAGUUGGUAGAGUAACAACUUUGAACUGAACAGACCAUUUGGGAAAUCAAACGGAAUUAAAGAAAAUAAAGGAGGA